GGUCCUCAGGGAUUGGACAGCUCCUGCUGAUCCCAUCUUAUAAAAGCAAGAGAUGGAACGCCACUGACAGUCGAUCAGGCAUGAUGAAGGUUCUUCUGUUUUUGGGAUUGGUAGCAGUGGCUCUCUGUGAGCCAAACCGCUAUGUUGGGGAUAAAGUUUUCCGUCUUUGGCCUGUGAGCGAUACACACGUAUCGUUCAUCAAGGAGCUUGCCAGCAAAGUGCAGGUGGACUUCUGGAGCCCUGACAGCGAUGACUUGGUCACAGUUUUCACCGAAGUCGAUGUCCAUAUCCCUGCUUCUCACACUGACAUGGUUUCCGUCAUGCUGCAACAGAGCGGCAUGGACUACCGAGUGCUGAUUGAGGAUGUGCAGACGGCUGUGAGACAACAGUUUGACAACAACAUGCAUACCAAAGCCCACAGCUAUAUCAAGUACAACAGCUGGGCAGAUAUCGAGGCCUGGGUCAGCUCCAUGACCUCGGGCAACCCUGCACUGAUCAGCAAGUCCACGCUUGGGAAAUCAUACGAAGGCCGUAGCAUGCACCUGCUCAAGAUCGGAAAGAGCAAUGGCUCCACCAAGCCUGCCAUCUUCAUGGACUGUGGAAUCCACGCCCGUGAGUGGAUCAGCCCCGCUUUCUGCCAGUGGUUCGUCCAGGAGGCCGUGACCAGCUACGGAAACGACCCUCAGAUGACCAGCCUGCUGAACACCAUGGAUAUCUUCGUGCUGCCUGUGUUUAACGUGGACGGUUACGAGCACACGUGGAAGAGCGACAGGAUGUGGAGGAAGACUCGCUCUCGCAAGACUGGAUCCAGCUGCAUCGGCGCCGAUCCCAACAGGAACUUCAACGCUGGCUGGUGCACAUUGGGAGCCUCCAGCAACCCCUGCAGUGACACUUACUGUGGAUCUUCUGUCGAGUCGGAGAUCGAGGUGAAGAACGUGGCAAACUUCAUCCGCAAUAAGAAGUCCAUCAUUAAGGCUUACCUCACCAUCCACUCGUACUCUCAGCUCCUCCUGUUCCCGUACUCCUACAAAUACGAUAAGGCCAAAGACGAUGCUGAGCUGAUGAGUGUGGCAGUGGCCGCAUCAGAGGCUUUGCGCAGUCUGUAUGGCACUAAAUACACCAGCGGUCCUGGAGCAACCACUAUCUACCCUGCUGCUGGAGGUUCUGAUGAUUGGGCGUAUGAUCUGGGUGUGAAAUACUCGUUCACGUUCGAGCUCCGCGACACCGGCCGCUACGGCUUCCUGCUGCCCGAGUCUCAGAUCAAGCCCACGUGUGAGGAGACCAUGCUGGCCGUCAAGUCCAUCGCCGCGCACGUGCUGAACAACCUGUACUGAGAGAAAAAUGUGCAAGAAGUGCAUGCAUGAGAAUAAUUACAAUAAAAAUCGAAAGAGUAA